AUGUUGAAAAGCCUGAAGAAUCUUGCAGUGACCAGGGGAGAACCAGAAAACAAAAUUGGCAAUGAAUCUUUCAAUACCCAACAUGUGAAGAAGCCAGUUGGAACACAGGGGUUCCCACUGGUUACUCCAGGGCAAUGGGCGAGCGGACCACUCCGGCCUGAGGCGGCGGUGAGGAGCAGGCGGACAGUUGCUGGCAUCACCGUGGAGGGCAGCGGGGAAAGUGGCAACAAAAUCCCUGAGGGUUUGGCCGGCUUUUUCAGAGCAGGAUAUUCGCACGCGGAUCUGGCUGGCGUCCGGCUAACUGGUAUGAACCCCUUGUCUCCUUAUUUAAAUGUGGAUCCAAGAUAUCUGGUACAGGAUACAGAUGAGAUUAUUUUACCAACUGGAGUUAAUAAGAAGAGGGGAAGAUUUGAGCUGGUCUUUUCUACUAUUGGUGGAUACUGUUUUACUAUUGGGGCUGCAUUUGGGGCAAUCAAUGGUCUACAGCUAGGAUUGAAGGAAACCCAGAAUAUGGCCCGGUCCAAACCAAGAAAUGUCCAGAUUUUGAAUAUGGUGACUAGGCAAGGGGCUCUUCGGGCUAACACUCCAGGCUCUCUGGCUUUGCUCUAUAGCGCAUUUGAUGUCGUCAUUGAGAAAACAAGAGGUGCAGAAGAUGAUCUCAACACAGUAGCAGCUGGAAGCAUGACAGUCAUGUUAUAUAAAUCUAUUGGUGGACUUCGAGGGGUAGAACGAGGUGGUCUAGCAGGAAUAACACUUACAAGCCUCUAUGCACUAUAUAAUAACUGGGAGCACAUGAAAGGUUCCUUGCUCCAACAAUCCCUCUGACGAUUUUGCCAACUCAUGGAUGGGGGACACUUUAGUCAUUCACGUCAACUUCUAAGUCAGUCUGGAGUUACUCUCUUACCUACAAUUAGUUUGAAAAAAAACAGAAAUUCUGAUUUUCUAAAUGAAGAUCAUGGAUAGCUGACCAGGACUGGCUUUCCAUCCAGCCAGUAUGAGUUGAAACCAAAACACUCUGGUGGCUGAGCAAUGUGGUUCUCUUCUCCUUUGGAGAAAGUGUUUUACCUACUAUGUCUUCUAUUCCUUGGAGCUGGAAAACCACUUACUCACCAAAUUCACGUCACACUUGAUAUAUGGAUACUGUAUCACCAUAUUUGCUCAUUUAAUAAUCAAAUCUGUAAUGCCCUGUAUUCACAAUAAAGGGUGAAAAUAGAACCAAAGUCCAACCUAAAAAUAAAU